CCCCCCGCCCCCACCCCCCCAUGGACAUGCUGGACCCGGGUCUGGACCCCGCUGCCUCGGCCACCGCUGCCGCCGCCGCCAGCCACGACAAGGGACCCGAAGCAGAAGAGGCUGUCGAGCUGCAGGAAGGCGGGGACGGCCCUGGGGCGGAGGAGCAGACGGCAGUGGCCAUCGCCAGCGUCCAGCAGGCGGCGUUCGGCGACCACAACAUCCAGUACCAGUUCCGCACAGAGAAUAAUGGAGGACAGGUGACAUACCGUGUAGUCCAGGUGACUGAUGGUCAGCUGGAUGGCCAGGGGGACGCUGCUGGCGCGGUCAGUGUGGUGUCUACGGCUGCCUUCACGGGGGGUCAGCAGGCUGUGACCCAGGUGGGUGUGGACGGGGCGGCUCAGCGCCCGGGCCCCACCGCUGCUUCUGUGCCCCCAGGUCCUGCAGCACCCUUUCCUCUGGCUGUAAUCCAAAACCCCUUCAGUAAUGGUGGCAGCCCGGCAGCCGAGGCUGUCAGUGGGGAGGCACGGUUUGCCUAUUUCCCAGCCUCCAGCGUGGGAGAUACUACGGCUGUGUCGGUACAGACCACAGACCAGAGCUUGCAGGCCGGAGGCCAAUUCUACGUCAUGAUGACCCCCCAGGAUGUGCUUCAGACAGGAACACAGAGGACGAUUGCACCCCGGACACACCCCUAUUCCCCGAAAAUUGAUGGAACCAGAACGCCCCGGGACGAGAGAAGGAGAGCUCAGCACAAUGAAGUGGAGCGGAGGCGGAGGGACAAGAUCAACAACUGGAUCGUCCAGCUUUCAAAAAUCAUUCCAGACUGUAACGCAGACAAUAGCAAGACGGGAGCGAGUAAAGGAGGGAUUCUGUCCAAGGCCUGCGACUACAUCCGGGAGCUACGCCAGACAAACCAGCGCAUGCAGGAGACCUUCAAGGAGGCUGAGCGGCUGCAGGUGGACAACGAGCUCUUGAGGCAACAGAUAGAGGAGCUGAAGAAUGAGAACGCCCUGCUUCGAGCCCAGCUGCAGCAACACAACCUAGAAAUGGUGAGCGAGAGCACCCGGCAGUGACGUCCAGCCCACCGUGCAAACAGGAGCCUCCGCUGGGCCCUCUGCUGCCCCCUUCCCCAGCCCUUAGCACAGAGAGGGACAGAUGCCCCUCCCCCAGCUGCGUUUUUUUAUAGUAGAUUUUUAACAAAAACGGGGAGAAAUGAUGCAUUUCUGUGGAUACAGCACCCAUCGCCCACCUCAACUUGGAACCGACAUCCCCACCAUCUGUCUGUCUGUCUCCCGUCUCUCAGCCCCCACUAAGCCCUGGCACAUCUGUCCUGCCUGGAGGCAAGAGGGAAGGGGACGGGGCCCCGCCAAAUCCCGCUGCCUCCUUGGUCUCUAGAGGUGCUGAGACAAGGUGCUCAUGGGAAGGCGGGGGGCCUUUGGGGGGGUCCUCCCCAGGCCUGGACCUAAGCAGGGAGGCCAUGUCCCACCCCCACCUCUUGUUUCUGGAUCCCCGCUCCCCUUUGGGUGUGUGUGUUUUAAUUUUCUUUAUGGAAAAAUGGACAAAAAAAAAAAAAAAAAAUAGAGAGGUAUUUAACUGCAAUAAACUGGCCCCAUGUGGCC